AUGUUUUUCUCUACUCUGUAUGGUGUGUCAAGUUCGUUAGCUUCGGGUAUUGACCUUAGAUAUUCAAUUAUCCGUCGUGAAAUAUUAUAUCUGAAAAUUAUGAGCAGUUUAUGGAAAAAUAUUACAACAGAACUUAAUGAAAACUCAUCAGAACCCGUUGUUUGGGGUAGUCUAAGUUUAGUCAUUAUCAUUAUAUCUACAGUAUGUGGAAACAGUCUUGUUUGCAUCGCUGUUAUUCGAGAACGUCAAUUAAGAAAUACUACCAAUUAUUUUUUAACAUCAUUAGCAUUUACCGAUUGUCUAGUGGCGUGUCUUGUUAUGCCACUAGCUGUUAUAGUUGAACUAAUAGGACAUUUUCCACUUGAUUCAUUUGCCUGUAAUAUAUGGUUAACAUUUGAUGUUUGCUGUUCUACAUCAUCCAUUUGGCAUAUGAGUGUAAUGUCAUUGGAUCGUUAUCUUACAUUACGAUAUCCGCUCAAAUUUGGCAGAAAUAAACGUCGAAGUCUCAUGGCGUAUAAAAUCAUUACAAUUUGGUUAAUUAGUUUUGCUAUUUGUUUACCACUAUUUAUAUUAGGUCAAAUAGAUUCAACAAAUGUCUUUAAUAAAGAGAAUCGUGCAUGUUUUCCACAACAUCGUACAUUUAAAAUCUAUGGAAGUAUUGUUGCCUUUUUUAUACCGUUGAUGAUUAUGAUUGUAACAUAUACAUUAACAAUGAGCUCUUUACAGCAAGCAGUUAGCACGAAAAAGAAACGUAUAAAAGGACGUAAUAAAAUGGCCUUAGUAUUAAAUUUAGCUACGAUGGCUGUUAGAUGGCGACGAGCAGUUAAUACCCCAACUGCUGCAAAAAAUGAAGAAAUACUUGAUAAUAAUAACUUUGAAUGUUAUCAACAUUCAUCGCCUGUGGUUGAAAACAUUCAGGAACAAAUUAUACAGCCAUCUCAAUCAGGCAAACGUCGUGCCUAUUCAUUACUUCCGAAUGAUUCUUCUAAUAAAACAUCUGAAACAGAUAAACGUAAUUCAAUAUCAAUUAAUUAUUUAAAUAAAAAAUUUAUUCCAACGCAACAAUUGCAAAAAUUAUUCAGUUAUCAUGCAAAACCAGCAAUACCAGACAAUAAUGAAGUAACUUUUCCAAGUGAAAGAAAUAAAAAACACAAACACUUACUUGACGUAGCAUCAACUUAUCUUGAACAAAAAGCUGGAGGAAAACGAUCACAUUCGUGUACACAAGAUUCAUUAAAUAGUGAGCUUGAACAAAGAAAAAGACGCAGUUCAUCAACCCAUACUCUAUUACAAAUUAGAAGAGACUCUCAGAAAAUAGGUGAAGAGUUAGCAAAUUUGUGCCAACAAGUAUCGUCAUUAGCAGACAGAAAUUCAAUGACAAAAUUCUCGACAUCUCAGUCAACAGAUGAAACACAUACAUUUCCAAUUGACAAAAAAGCUGUGUCAUCGGCUCUGGAAACAAUAAUACCGGAUAGCAAUUUAAAUUUAUUAUCUGAACAAGAACGUGAUCGUGCACAUAGUUUCAAUCUGCAAAGUACGAGUACAUAUGGUGCAGACAUUUCUCUGUCACCGUCGAAUCAAACAUCAUCAUCAAUUCAUCCUGUUCUACGCAGACAGGAAAAUAUUUCGGAAACUAAUGCUCUCCCAUUAUCAUCAGUGAUUCCAAAUGUUCUCAUCACUCACGAAAUUGAGAAUCGAAAUAGUCUGUUAAAACGUCGGUUAACUUCACCAUCGCCAUUAGUUCAAAAAUCGAAUGUAAAAAUGGCAUGCCGAAAACUAUGUGAUUGGAUAACUGUCACUUCUGAUGGUGAUCGACCAUUUCAUUCAAUAAAUAAUUUGACUGAACAAACACCGAUCAUGAACAAAAAGGAUUCUGUUCCACCAUUAAGUCUCUCAUCAACAUGUCUACGAUUGUUACCAAAUAUUGAACAAUUUUGUGGUGAAACAACUCUUGUACCAGAAAAUGUGGUGCGUCAACAAUUACUUGUAGAUGAUGCUGUACCAUCAUCUGUUCAUAGUUAUGCAUUGCAACGAAGUUCAAUUUGUUCAAUUACUUCAAAUCUUACAGCAUAUCAUAGACGUCAACGUCAGCGAGGUUCAUCAUGUUCGUUUCAGAUGAAUCCCAAUCCACAACUACAACAAAUCCCAAUAAAUACAGAUCGUUUAUCAUUGGCAUCAGCCACGCUAUUUCAAAAACGUUCACGCUUCAUAAACGGUAGUGUACAGGGAAGUUUUCAAAUGGUGUCCAUUGAUACAGAAUCGUCAUCGUGUUCAUCAUCAAUGACACAUACAGGCAUAACAUAUUCGGCUACAAAUCCAUUUCUUUCAACAAAAAAACACAAUCGUCCAUUUAAAAAUUUAACAAAAUCAUCUGUUAGCAAUGAACGUAAAGCUAUGCGUGUAUUAUUAGUCAUUUUUGCGGUAUUUGUUAUUUUAUGGACACCAUUUUUCAUAAUGAAUCUAUUAUCCUGUUUUGUAUCAAAUAUUCCGAAUAUCUUAUUAUCGAUGAGUACUUGGCUAGGAUACUGUUCCAGCGGUGCUAAUCCGAUCAUUUAUACGAUAUUUAGUCGUGCCUUUCGCCGUGCAUUUUAUAACAUUAUAUUUUGUAAAAAAAUUAUCACACCACGCAAAUCGCAAUUAUUCAGCCCAUCGUGUAAUACAUUAAGUAUCACGAGGAAUAAUAAUGGAAGAAAACAUUCGAAUUAUAGCUAUACUCAGGCUGGUAUUUAA